AGCCCGAGCGCGUCACAGUUCACAGGUCGCAGCCUAGCGGAAGUUGUUGGCUGCUUCUGCCUCUGCUGAAAGAGCCUGCAGCUUUUAGCAGGCUUACACGCUUCUCUACGUGAUUUACCUGUUUGUCAUUGGAAAGGAAAACUAUGAAAACGGUCGUAAUGUGCGACAGAAGACACCGACACGUCCAGGGAAAUGAUUUUCGCCUCUGAAGAAGAGGAUACUCUGACGUAAAGGAACCCGGAAGUGCUGUUGGAGUACCCACAGAUGCAAUGAGUGCCAAAUAUGGCCUGGUGAGCUACAACAGUUCACGGAAGCACAUUUCCAUCUCCAUCCCGUCAUCCACGGAGGUGAUGUCGCCCCACAUAAAGUCUGUGGAGGAGCUGAGGGUCCUGGGGAUCAACCUGAGCAGCUUCAGCUCCCCCACACAGUUCAUGAUCUGUGUGGCUGGAGUCUUCGUCUUCUACCUCAUCUAUGGAUACCUGCAGGAGUUGAUAUUUUCCGUGGAAGGAUUCAAGCCUUUUGGUUGGUACCUCACUUUGAUCCAGUUCGGCUUCUACUCCACGUUUGGUCUUGUGGAGCUUCAGCUCACACAGGACAAACGCAGAAGGAUACCAGGGAAGACCUAUAUGAUCAUAGCAUUUCUCACAGUGGGCACGAUGGGCCUGUCCAAUACCUCUCUGGGCUACUUGAACUACCCCACACAGGUCAUCUUCAAGUGCUGUAAACUCAUCCCAGUCAUGAUCGGAGGCGUGUUUAUACAAGGGAAACGCUAUAAUCUGGCCGAUGUGUCUGCUGCUCUCUGCAUGAGUCUGGGACUCAUCUGGUUUACACUAGCUGACAGCAAAUUGGCCCCUAACUUCAACGUCACAGGUGUUCUCCUCAUCUCCCUGGCACUGUGUGCAGACGCAGCCAUUGGAAACGUGCAGGAGAAAGCCAUGAAACUCCAUAACGGCUCCAACUCUGAAAUGGUGUUGUACUCGUACUCCAUCGGUUUUGUCUACAUCCUGACAGGCCUGCUCUGUGUGGGUGGACUCGGGCCGGCAGUGGCAUUCUGCUCAGAACAUCCUGUGAAGACGUACGGUUAUGCAUUCCUCUUCUCUCUCACUGGUUAUUUUGGCAUCUCCUUCGUGCUCGCCUUGAUCAAGCUCUUUGGUGCCCUGGUGGCUGUGACAGUGACCACGGGGAGGAAGGCCAUGACGAUCGUACUUUCCUUCAUGUUCUUCGCAAAACCUUUCACUUUUCAGUACAUCUGGGCUGGCCUUCUGGUGCUCUUCGGCAUCUUCUUGAAUGUUUACAGUAAAAACCGAGAGAGAAUGAAGCUUCCCUCCAUCCAAGACCUCAAGAGCUGGCUGCUGAUGGGAAAGAAAGUCAGACUUCUCUCACAAAACGUAUAGGAGGCAGCCACAGGCGUAGGGGAAGUCCUGCGCUGGCAGACUGUUUGUCUCGGCUGUAGAGUUGGCCCGCCUGUCUUGGGGGGGUAUGCUGAAGCACGUGCCCGAGCUACAAGCCUCAUCACCACCAACAUCGAGCCAAGGAUAGGUGACACACCGUUAAACUAGGAUGGUUGAUAGAUCCACUGUAUCCCAUCUUUAUCUACCAGCACACCAGCUGCUUCAAACUCUGCAUCAAACUGAAGGAACUGUUUUUUACAAGGGGAUCAACGCUUCCGAGCCCCACACUAACAUUCCCAACAUGGAGGACAAAACUGAGGACUUUUAAGACUCUCUAAAGGGAAUCCAGCGCCUUAGUUAACCAAAUCGCACAGUUUUGCACUGGAAAUGACUUUUACACUUAAACCCUUGAGUGGUUGGGGAAAAAGUGAAAUAUUGGAAGAAAGAGUACAGGGUGACACGCUAAUCUGUCAUGUCUGAAAUGAAUGUUUGUCCCCGUCCCUAAAAAAUAAAAACAUUGAUUAAAAAGGCAUGUUUGCCUCCGCAUGUGCCAGAAGGACAGAAUAAACCUAGUUUUACAUAAUCAUCGUCUUGAGAAAAGUGGCUUUUUUUCAAGGUUUAUUGGUAAUUUAUAUCUGACUGUCCUAAUUCAUAAAAUGUGUGACGAUGUGGGGACAUUUUUGGGAAUAUGGAGACUCCUGUGUACAUCAAUGCAUCAAAAAUAUCAUUUGCUAACCAUGUGUUGGGGUGAAAGGGUUCCACUCUUUUUACAUUAAAACAAACUGAGAUGUUUCUCUUAAA